UGGGCGUCGCAGCAUCUCGCAGCAUCUUGCAGCCAGCUACAGCAAGCCACAACGAGCGAGCUGCUACACUCGCACCAUGUCGCUCCUCGCCCCCAUCAUCUGCGACAAUGGAACAGGGUUCUCGAAAGUCGGGUAUGUGUUUGCUGGUAACUCCGACCCAUCCUUUGUAUUCCCUACUGCUAUCGCUACCCGCGGUCCUGCUACUCAGACGACUCGCGGGGGCCCGCCCGUGCCUUCGAAACCAGGGAACCUAGCAUCGAAGAGAGGAGUCGAAGACCUUGAUUUCUUUAUCGGCGAUGAGGCACUUGCGAACGCAAAGACCCCAGGAUACGGCAUCAACUACCCGAUUAGACAUGGCCAGAUUGAAAACUGGGACCACAUGGAGCGGUACUGGGAGCAAACGAUCUUCAAGUACUUGAGGGCUGAGCCGGAAGAUCACUAUUUCCUCCUGACUGAGCCCCCUCUCAACCCUCCGGAAAACCGAGAACAGACCGCGGAGAUCUUCUUCGAGUCUUUCAAUAUCAAGGGUCUCUACAUCGCCGUCCAAGCCGUCCUCGCUUUGGCCGCGUCCUGGACAUCUAACCGUGUCUCCGACCGUACACUUACUGGAACUGUUAUUGACUCUGGAGAUGGUGUCACCCACGUCAUCCCCUGUGCAGAAGGCUAUGUUAUCGGCAGUGCCAUCAAGCACAUACCCAUCGCCGGUCGCGACAUCACGCAAUUUGUGCUCAACCUUAUGCGAGAGCGUGGAGAGAUGGCCAAUGUCCCGCCCGAGGAGCACUUAAAAGUCGCGUCCAAAGUGAAAGAGAACUACAGCUACGUAUGCCAGGACAUUGUCAAGGAAUUCCGGAAGUACGAUGCCGAGCCGUACAAGUUUUUCGAGCGCUACGAAGAUGAAUACAGCGUCACAAAGAAGACAUACUCCGUGGAUGUCGGCUACGAACGUUUCCUCGCGCCCGAGAUCUUCUUCAACCCUGAGAUCAACUCGUCUGACUUCUUGACACCACUUCCCGAGAUUGUUGACAGUGUCAUCCAACAGUCACCAAUCGACGUCCGACGUGGUCUCUAUAAGAACAUCGUGCUUUCAGGAGGUUCUACCAUGUUCCAGCAUUUCGGUCAACGCUUGAAGCGCGACCUGAAGCAAAUUGUUGACGGCCGACUAGAGGCUGCCGCCCUUACUAGCGGCAGGCAAGCUAGGUCUUCAGGUGUCGAGGUUGAAGUCAUCUCGCACAAGCGCCAGCGAUACGCCGUCUGGUUUGGUGGAUCACUACUCGCUUCUCUGCCCGAGUUUUAUUCUUCCUGCCACACCAAGGCCCAAUAUGACGAGAUUGGACCUAGCAUCUGCAGGAGAUACCAAAUUUUUGGCAGUGCUACUUAAACUCCAAGAUUGUAAGAUGGAUGUGGACAUAAUGUACGAAGAUAAGAGCCAAUGAAAGCGAUAUGGACUACGAUACUCCGUUUGGCGCAGCGAUCUCUCAUCGCCAUCGCCACCGCGAGAAGGACGCUUCAGAGGACUUGCCCUUCCCCGUAUUCGACUGAGGGUUAUAAGGGAAGGGAGGUAUGUGCACUCUUCGACUUUCCCUCCGCUGCUGCGCCUCCCAUUCAUUGUCAUCUAAGUACUGGUCCAUGGCACGCCCCUCUACAGAAGUAUCCUGCUGCGCCUUCUUGCGCGUGUCUUCCUUACUAAGCGAAGACGGAUCUCCAUCUUCAGCAAGGGUGACGUAAGCCUUUGCUAUUCGCCAGUCUGUCUCUUUCAUGACGGUCUGAAAGCGCUUCUCUGCCCUCUCUCGAGCUCUGCGGGUCUCGUAGUCUGGGUCUAUUUGAUCGCUCGGAGGUGUAGAGGGUGCUAACGUACGAGCAGAUGGCGGCAGCUGAAGCACCGUGCGUGUGUGGAGCAAAUGAGGGGUUAUGCGCAGAGUGCUUGGAGGCAAGUUAUUUAGACGGCAUAAGAGGCGACCCUAGCGUGAGACGUAAGGGCGAUACGAUGACAGAGUAGGGUGCACCACUCACGUCAACACCAAACCUCAGGGCAAUCCCGACUAGCGUAUCCUUGGACUGUAUGUAAUAUACCGAAGGAGCAGAGCCCGACGCUUCUGUUGUGUCUUCGUUUUCUUUGUCAGACUUUCGGACGCACUCAAGACCGCUCUCUUGUGUAUCCGCAUCUUGAGGUGCUGCUUCGUCGAGUUCCGUGUAAACGGGAGGUGGAGUAGGGGGUGUCGACGGAAAGGUUUCCCCUGGAACAGCCCCGAGCUCGCCUUCCUCGUCCUCGUCCUCAUCAUCAUCCCCAAUAGCGUAUACUUCGUCGUCGUGAAGCCCUCCGUCAAUGUUCUGCGGUUUGGCCGCCACUUGUGCAGAGCCGGCGCGGGAGCGGGCAUUCACAACACCGACCCCGCCGGGGCAGCGAAGGCACGGAUUGUAUCUAGCGAGGCGGGGACUCUUAGAUAUGCAUGCGGGACAUAUCGGUCUGCCGCAACAUUGGGUCACGAAGAUGUCCGGGCUACAGGAUUUGCUCGCAGAGGACCGGCGAGGAGGUAGAGAUGAGGAACAAGCAAGGCAGAGAUCGACGGUUUCAGUAGAGGUGGGAGACAUUGCGAAGGCAAUAACGGUGCAGUGAUAGUACGACUGAUAGCCCGGUGAAGGCUUGAAGAAAGGUGGUCGUCGAGCGUAGAGGAUAGAGAAGAGAAGAAAGCCGCACCGAUACGCACUUGAAUAGCCGAGGCAGUGAGCAUCCACAAGGACCCACAUAGUUGCCCCGCGAUUCAUCCGACAUCAUGACAUCCUCGAUCUGCG